CCAUCAUUCAAUUUCCCUUUUUUUGCGCGCGAUAACGACGGGACCAGAAGCCGAACUACGGUAUCAUGUUCGUGCUUUUUGGGAAUGUCGUGAGCACUUUGCAUCGCACUUGCACUGCACACUGUCUCUGCUCGGCCUGUCUGCCUGCCCCAUCUGGUUACUCUCGUUUUUUACUACCGAGUUUAUCCAGGGUGGGUUUGGUGUUGUUACUAGCUGAGCAUGACGCCCAGCCUGCCGCAACAUCAAAAUAUGCAAAUAAAUGCCACAACCACCACUGUCGCUGCUCUACCCGGCCUCAUCAAUUGUCGACCAACCCCCAACCUGCCCGUUGUGAGAGAGAUAUGAUUGCUGCUGCUGCUGCUGCUUCUGCUGGUCGGCUAGACUGAACAGACGGCAACCCAGCACAUGCACAUUUGUCUCCAACGGGAACAGAAGGGACAUGGGUUUGGAUUGCGUGGGAUUCCCCAUGCAAGUGGUCAGCACCGACGCCUCCAAAUUCACCUACCCUUCAUCCUCCGUCCUCCCCCUUCCUCUUCCCUCUCCUGCGUGCAGC